AAUUAUUUUGACGGGUUUCUUUUAUAAUUUUAGCAAAGACCAACUAAAUAUAUGAUAGCAAUAUGAAUUAUUUAAUUCAACGCGGCAAAUUGCGGCAGCAGGCAAUCAAUGUGCCCGAAGGCCUGCCGGAGCUGCUCUCCGACAUUACCCGAGAAGUGCUCCGCUGCCAGCCGACCAAGGAGUGCCUCUGUCAAUUCAUCAUCGACUACUUGCACUCGGUGAUUGUCACUCGAGAGAAGGCCUUGGUGGCCAAGACCAUUUUGGAGCGCGCUCUACGCCAGGUGGACAGCAUUAUAUCCGACUUGUGCAUUUGUGAUCUGACCAAGGAGAAAUCGGAUGAGAUGGCCCAGGUAAUGGAGGAUUGCUUCCGCAACUUCCUGGAGAAACGUCGCUGCGAGAUGCGACGCGGCAAGGAGACCAUUAAAUUCGCCGACAUUGACAUGUUGGAGGAGCUCAUACGCAAGUGCAAAUUCACCGAGGAGGAGCUGGACGCCUCGCGGCCAGCAAUCGCGAGUGCCUACAAGCGCUUCGUGGACGCCUACAUGGCCGCAGGCAAAGAGUCCCAGGGCACCGAGCUGCUCUACCAAUACUUCCGCGACCGCGAGCUGAAGCGCCUUGAGGAACUGAUGCGCAACAAGGCGGCCACCACCAUACAAGCCGCCUAUCGUGGCUACCUGGUGCGCCGCAUGAUGGACCAGCACGUGUGCCUGUGCACCUGUAUGCUGCAGGACAAGGACGACGACGAGUUCAUGCGCCUGGACAGAGCUGCUCGCGUGAUACAGCGCUUCUUCCGUUACGUUCUAUCGCGCCAGGCCAUUAAGCCGAUUGAAGAUCCUUGCCAGGAGAAGGAAACGCCAACUGACAGAGACGAUAGCGCGGAGCAGGCUACUGCGGCUACAGCAACAUCCACUGCUGUCGGCACAGCUCAAGCCACAGCCGUUCCAUCCCAAGUGGAGAUUGAGGGAGAGGCUGCCAAACCAGACGAAUCUUCUCCAGAGCCAGCACCGCCAGGUGAAGACGCGCCACCGCCAGAGCAAGCUGCCGAAGCAGCUCCAGCUCCAGCUCCGGUAUCUGAGGCGGAGCCGGCUGCAGCAGCAGAGCCACCACCACCACCGGCUGAAGAGGCAGCACCACCACCACCACCAGCUGAAGAGCCAGCCCCACCACCAGCUGCAGAGGAAGCACCACCAGCUGCAGAAGAAGCACCUCCUGCUGAAUAGUAUUAAGUAUUUUUUUCUUUCGUUAUGUUCUCUUAUUUAACAACCGACAGAUGCUCCCCGCGUCCUUUCAAAUUUACGAAUUCGUGAUCUUUAAGCUUGUAAAUUAGUUCAACGUGAAAUUGCAUAUAUUUAAAACGUCUCGAGAAUAACCAACUGAACGAACACAAUUAAAUGGCAACUCAGCUCAGACGAA